AUGGAGACUCCGUUGUCCACUGCAAGAAGAGUCACAAGAUCCCAAACCGCCUCCAACAGCAUUCCCCUUUCAAGAAAAAAGAAUGAGGACUCGGAAAUGGCCGUUUCAAAAAUCCGGCAAAGAAACGGCAUGCAGAAUCAGGAUCGGUCUGCCCUCGUUGACAUAUCCAACGAUUCUCCGAUCGUGGGGCUUGCUAACGGGAACGACCUCGAAACGCCGUUGUCGUCUAUGGCGAAGCAGAAGAGGGUGAAGAAAACGCCGGGUUCAGGAGAGGCAUUGCUGAGGGGUCAGGUGAAGACCCUUUUGCAGAAAGUGGAGGAAGAGGCUGUUAUUUCGAAACUCACCAUGGAAGUUAUUUCCCCUUUCAAUCAACUUGCUAAUUCCCCCAUGUCACUUCUUGCUCCCACUCCCGCAAACACCCCUCAGGUUCCCAAUCUUGCCGGAGCCGAUGGUGAUGCUAUGGCUUUGGUGUCGCCUCCUUCUUGUUUGAUUGAAGAACAAUUGAUCUCUCGGGAGGUGAAUGAAGUAUUGGAAAAGGAUAAGGAGGAGGUUGAAUGUGAAAAGAGUGUGAUAACCCGGUCCUUGCUGUUGGAUUUCUCGGACAAAUCCGAGGUUUCAGAAUGCUCUUCAGAGGUGACUUAUCAGGAAGUGACACAUGGGAGUGGUGUGUCCACUGAGGAUGAUGGUGCUUCUGUUUGGUCGAUGCAAGUGAAUGCAAGCACACAUGAUGAGGAUGAAGAUGAUGUGGACGAGGAAAUGAAUGGAAAGGAGGAAGAGGGAGAUUAUUAUGAGGAUGCUGAAGAGGCUGAAGAGUGUUAUGAUGAUGAUGGAGUGUUAUUACUUGAUGAACUGUGUGCUGGGUUGAACAACAUCAGCGUGAAUGAAAAUGGGUGCGGGAAGCACACAAGGUUUGUUUACGACAGUGAGGAUGAGCUUGUGGAGAAAGUGGUGGAACCUUGUGGUGACAAGGAUUCAUCAAACGUGAUACGUUUGAAGGGGUUGCCCACACCCAAAGGAAAGCACCUUCGGUUUUCAGAGGAGGAGGAAAUUUGUGGUCUGUGA